AUGCAUAAACCUACCCUUCUUCUCACGGCCCUCUUUGGCCUCAUCCUUCUCCUCCUCACCCCCACCGCCUACGCAAAGGACCCCUGCUGGUUCGCCCCCGGCUACGCCCCCCCCGUCCACGAAGCCAAAACAGCGCUCUCCAACUACCUCAAAACCUGCAACAACAACAACACCCCACGCGUCCCCAUCAUGCGCGGCAGUCAGGAGGUCUGGGGGUGCACCGACGACUUUGCAGUCUUUGAGAGGGCCGCCAUCCGCAUCUGCCCGUUCACUGACGCCCAGCACAAGAAGCCGAGGAUCCAGUGGACGUGCGACGAGAUCCGUGAGACGGGAGAGGCGCUGGUGGAGAAGUGCCAGAAGGAUGGACUGGUGGCGGGGAGGAUGAGCUUUAGGGAUCCGGUUAGGGGUGAGAUGAGGAUUGCGUGGAAUUAUAGGAAGCCGAUGCCGCCGCACUAA